AUGCCUCGGCAGCUCCAGGAGUGGUACGCUCAGUGUAGCAGGUCUACACGUACAGUUCGCUGCCCGUACGUCAUUCGCACAGGUGCUAGGACUGGUCAGCCUUGUGGGACGCUUGGUCACACACAGUCCCGCUGCUUCGCCCGUCUGAGCGACGACUGGCGCACAGUGUUUGGCGACGAGGCUGAGCUCCCCACCUGGCUGGAGCUGCAUGGACAGAGGGUAGAUAUCUUUGCGCUUGACUAUGAUGCUAUUCUCACUGCCAUGUAUGCAUUGUCUACUAGUGCUGACCGUGCCUGUUGCCUGUGCGUACCGCCUGACCCUGGUGAGGCUGCUGCCCUAGGUGCUAGUGCGUCUCCUGCUCUAGGUGCUGGUGAGGCUGCUGCUCUCGGUGCUAGUACGUCUACUGCUCUAGGUACUGGUGAGGCCGUGGCUUCAGGUGCUGCUGUGUCUGCUCUCUCUGGUACUGCGCCCACUGCGGUCUCACACACCUUCACCCUUGACUCAAGAGCUUCCCGCUCCUUCUUUCGCGACUGUACCACACUCACGCCGCUCCGUCGGCCAGUCCCGGUCUCCCUGGCGGACCCCUCUGGGGGUCCAGUCCUUGCCCACUAUUCCACGGUUCUGCCGUGUCCGGCCGUCCCGUCCGGCUCGCUGUCAGGUCUUUACCUCCCCUCGUUCUCUACGAACUUGGUGAGUGGAGCUGACCUCCAGGAUGGGGGGGUUCACCAGUUCACUCCUGCGAGUCAGCGAGUGACUCACUGUACGUGUGCUAGGACGGGCCGGCACUUGGCCACGUUCACCCGUGCACCUGGCUCGAGUCUGUACACACUGACCACUGAGUCCCCUCAGGUAGCUGCGUCUGCGUCUACGUCUGGUCAGCUGGCGGCCCCCUGCGAGUGUCGCGCUUUGUCGCACGACACUCUCCUGUGGCACCACCGCCUUGGUCACCCCUCCUUGCCUCGCCUGCGUAGCAUGCACUCUCGCUCCCUGGUCUCUGGUCUCCCCAGGUCUCUGCCUGCCCUCCCUCCCUCGCCUGCGCCGCCCUGCAUUCCUUGCGUCGAGGGGCGGCAACGCGCCGCUCCUCACUCCUCCUCGUUUCCUCCCACAGAGGCUCCACUGCAGACGCUCCACCUGGACGUGUGGGGCCCAGCCCGCGUCCAGGGACAGGGCCACGAGCGGUACUUCCUGCUGGUUGUCGACGACUACACGCGUUACACCACGGUCUUCCCCUUGCGGAGCAAGGCGGAUGUCCCUGCUGUUUUGAUCCCCUGGAUCCGCGCAGUUCGUCUCCAGCUCCGCGAGCGGUUCCGGUCGGACUUUCCUGUCCUGCGUCUGCACUCUGACAGAGGUGGUGAGUUCUCCUCCGACCUCUUGGCAGCCUACUGUGCGGAGCACGGCAUCACCCAGUCGUUCACGCUUCCGGCCUCUCCGCAGCAGAAUGGGGUUGCUGAGCGCCGCAUUGGCAUAGUCAUGGAGGUCGCUCGUACCUCCAUGAUCCAUGCGGCUGCCCCCCAUUUUCUGUGGCCGUUUGCGGUCCGGUACGCCGCGCAUCAGCUCAACCUCUGGCCCCGUGUCUCCUUGCCGGAGACCUCGCCCACACUGCUGUGGACGGGGAAGGUUGGCAAUGCGUCGCGUUUCCGGGUCUGGGGUGCUCGUGCCUUUGUCCGCGAUACCACCGCGGACAAGCUCUCCGUCCGCGCUGUUCCCUGUGUCUUCCUUGGCUUUGUCCCUGACGCGCCUGGUUGGCAGUUUUACCACCCCACCUCGCGCCGUGUCUUUGCGUCUCAGGACGUCACGUUCGACGAGUCGGUUCCCUUUUACCGUCUCUUCCCCUACCGCACUGCCUCGCUCCCCCCCCCGCCGCUCUUCCUCGCUCCAGGUGCUCCCCAGGUAGACCCCCUCCCCGCUCCCGGUCCUGCUCCUUCAGGUGUUUCUCAGGUAGACCCUCCUCCCUUGACUGCGCCGGUUGAGGUCACUGGUGACUCAGGUCCUACUGCGAGUGGUCCUGCUCGGGGUGCUACUUCUGGGGGUGCGGAGCCUGGGGGUGCUGAGCCUGGGGGUACUGAGCCUGAGGGUGCGGAGCUUGAGGGUGUAGAGCCUGGUGGUGCUGAGCCUGAGUGUGAGGGGUCUGGGGGUGCUGAGCUUGGCGGUACUGACGCUGGAGGUUCUGGAGCUACUGAGGGUGCUGGCGCUGGAGGUUCGGGAGCUGCUGGAGGGCCUAGUCCUGGUGGCGCUGGAGCUGGAGGUUCUGGAGCUGCUGAGGGUGCUCGCGCUGGAGGUUCUGGAGCCGCUGGAGGUACUGGUGCUGAGGGUACUGACACCGGAGGUUCUGGAGCCGUUGGGGGUGCGGGCGCUGAGGGUUCUGAGUCUGCUGUUGCGCGGUCUCCUUGGAGUAGCCGCCUUCGUCCACGUGUGCCUCUCACCCCACAGCAGCUGCAGGACUGGUACGGUCGCCGUCAGCGUCGCGCCGCUGGAGCUAGGAGUCGUGCUGGUCCUUUGUCUACUGGAGGUGCUGGAGUUGCUGGUUCUGGAGGUGCUCGUGCUGGAGACACUGAGGCUGGAGACCCUGGGACUCGAGGUGUCGGCUCUGGGCCUGGAGCUUCUGGAGCUGCUGGAGGUACUGGAGCUGCUGGAGGUACUGGAGCUGCUGGAGGCACUGGAGCUGCUGGAGCUGCUGGUACUGACUGGUAG